AUAUGAUCUCUAUAUUUUUCUUAUUAUUUGGCUUAAUAUAAGGCUAAGAUGAUAACAUAAUGAAUGAUGUGAUUGAAGACAGACAGGAUAGAAAAGAUCUAAUGUAAGAAUGGGAAUUGAUGAUGCAAGAUUUUAUUCCAGAUGAUAUGAUAGCAUUUGAAUUGAAGCAAGGCACUAUUGAAUUAUUAGAGGAAGGAAUUCAUCAUCCAACAACAAUACGUGGAGCUUAUUUUAUCAGCAUGGCAACCAAAGAGAAAAUAAAUUUCUUAGUAAGAAGCAUUCAUUAUAGAUUAGAUUAAAGAUCCAAAAGGAAAUAUCAUAAGUAGUAAAGCAGGCAAGAAGGAGGCUGUGUUUUCAGUCAACAUUACUGAGCCUGGAGAUUAUUAAUUUUUGUUUGAUAAUGAGAGAGGUAGCAGUGAUUAGAUGGUAACAUUUGCCUUAGAUAUUCACAAUGCUACUUAUGAACACAUCAAGCAUCAUGAUUUAGAUCCACUCGUGAAAUAGAUUCAGCAUUUAUAAAAUGGAAUCAACGAUAUAAUGUUUGAAACCAAAUUUUCCUAAUAGAGAAGAGAAAGUGGUUAUGAAUCAAUGCAAACAACUCAUCAAAGAUUGUUUUACUUUACAAUUCUUGAAACCCUAGUCAUAAUUGCGGUGAGUGUAUGGUAGGUGUAUUAUAUAAAGAGUAUCAUUGACAAUCGUAGAUUGAUUUGAUUUAUUGAUAAAUCUAUAUAUUAAUUAGUGUGG